AUGGUCAUCGCAGCCUUGAUAACUACACUUGUCCUUAAAAACUGGUAGGAAAGAUUCCUUUACUUUGCAAUUACUUCCUGACACACACACACAACACAUCGCUUUUGAAAGUGGCAAUUAAACUUUUACCAGAGCCACUCAUCCACAGUGGUACAAGGUAUGAUUUUAUGUUUGUUUCUUGUCUUUGGUACGUGUUUUUGUAGCUGUGUACAGUCGGGGAAUGGCCGUCACAGUAGCCAUCAGCGGAAGAUUCACCAGCAGGAGGAGAGCUGUCAGAACCUGACCGACUUCACCCCUGCCCGCGUGCCCAAUAAGGUGGACAUCUUCACCGCCUACAACGACAGCCUGCAGUGCUCGCACGAGUGUGUGCGCACCGCCGUGCCCGUCUACACGGACGAGAUGAUCCAGCAGACCCCUAUAUACAAGACCACCUACAACGGAAAUAGGUACGCCAGCUUUAAAUCGCUCUCAGCGCUAGGUUUCUGGGUCAGUUUGAUCACUGCUUGUGUAAGUGCUUUCCUCUCACUUUUGGGUUAGUUAUUAUGAGCAGUGUUGGGGUCGUUACUCAAAAAAGGUAAUAUAUUACCAAUUACUCGUUACUUCUUUCAAACAACAACACAUUACUUAUUACUCCCUGGGAAAAGUAAUUAAUUACACUCGUUAUAUUACUUUUGCGUUACCCCCCAAAACGUUGCGCGUCCUCACGCAAUGUCAAAGUUACGUUACGUAGGCCUAUACACAAACACAAGUAGCCUAAUAAUGAGCGACACAAAAAAAGAGGGGGAUUCUACCGCGGAUAAGGGCAGCAUUUCCUGUGCUACAAGCUUGUUUAGCUCUCACAGCCUGUCCUCCAGAAUGAUUCAAAUCAAGCCUUGAUUGUUUGGAUGAGGUAGGCCUACAGUCAUCUUCAGCAGUAGCGGUCAGGCCUUGGGGGUCUUUCGCUUCGAGUUUUGUCUUGGCGUGUUGCUUUUGAAGGUGCUUCAAGAGAUUGGAGGUUGUGUUUCUAGCAGUGGAGAGGUGUUUCUCUCCUGGGCACAGUUUACAUUUUACAGUUAUAUUGUUGUCAUUUUGUCAUCCUACCAAAUCAAAGUAAUGGGAGUACUUCCACGCUGAGAAACAAUGUUUUAAACGCUUCUGCAAUUUUUCAACUAACACGGUCAGUAGUAGGGCGUGCGUGCUUAAACAGGAACUUGGUGAGAGGACGAUAGAAUAAUCAUCACAAAUAAUAACUUUAAUAGGAAGGGAAUGAUAACAAAAGUAACACAGUAAUAAUGACCUACUGUAUCUUUGAUCAAUAACUGUAAUAUUGUUUCUCAAAUUGGAACAGUACUCCAUUAAGUUUCUCCUGGUAAAAUCACGUAUUUGGGAAAAGGUCCUGGCCCUAAAUGGCGUAAAUCCCCUUUUUGUAAGUGGUAUUGUUUUCCUUGCGAAAUACCUCUAUAACAGUGUCUCCUGGACCCAGGUUCUCACUAUCUUUGUGUCUCAAUCCUUUGUCCUACAGACCUUCUCCCAUUGAAAGGCAGCUGAUUCCUGUGGCCUUUGUGUCAGAGAAGUGGUUCGAGAUCUCCUGCUGA